UGUGUGUGUGUGUGUGUGUGUGUGUGUGUGUCUCGCGCGCGCGCGUGUGGUAUAGCUCUGUCAAUCCUUGGAUUAGAACCAAUGAUUGCAGCUUGUAGGAGGGCUGUCCAGGGCCAGAUUGUACGAUGUGUCUCCAGUGCCAGAGUAUGAGUAGAGAUAAUUACUGAGAAGUCACACUCUCUUACACCCUCAGCGUCUUCUUGUGUCCUUCAGCAAAACAGUGGAUUUAAAUCUUCUUCCACCAGAUCCAGAACAUCGCGAUCUGUCAGCAAAGAAAGAAAGGGGAAAAAAACCCGAACCUGACAAAAAAGAAGAAAAAAAAAUCAUGAAAACGAUCCAGGCAAAAAUGCACAAUUCUCUCUCUUGGGCAAUCUUCACAGGGCUGGCCGCGCUGUUUCUCUUUCAAGGAGUGCCGGUGCGCAGCGGAGAUGCCACCUUCCCCAAAGCGAUGGACAACGUGACGGUCCGGCAGGGGGAGAGCGCCACCCUCAGGUGCACCAUUGACAACCGGGUGACCCGGGUGGCCUGGCUAAACCGCAGCACCAUUCUGUAUGCUGGGAAUGACAAGUGGUGCUUGGACCCCCGAGUGAUCCUCUUGAGCAACACCCAGACUCAGUACAGCAUCGAGAUCCAGAAUGUGGAUGUGUAUGAUGAAGGCCCCUACACCUGCUCAGUGCAAACGGACAACCAUCCAAAGACCUCAAGAGUCCAUCUCAUCGUUCAAGUAUCUCCCAAAAUCGUAGAGAUUUCUUCAGAUAUCUCCAUUAAUGAAGGGAACAAUAUCAGCCUCACAUGCAUAGCAACAGGUCGACCAGAGCCUACAGUUACCUGGAGACACAUCUCCCCCAAAGCCAUGGGCUUUGUGAGCGAGGAUGAAUAUCUGGAAAUCCAGGGCAUUACCAGAGAGCAGUCUGGGGACUACGAGUGCAGUGCCUCCAAUGACGUGGCUGCGCCAGUGGUCCGCAGAGUGAAGGUGACUGUGAAUUAUCCACCAUACAUUUCAGAAGCUAAAGGUACAGGCGUCCCCAUUGGUCAGAAAGGGACUUUGCAGUGCGAAGCCUCAGCAGUCCCCUCGGCUGAAUUCCAAUGGUACAAGGAUGAUAAAAGACUGGUAGAAGGAAAGAAAGGGCUCAAAGUGGAAAACAGACCGUUCCUCUCAAAGCUCAUCUUCUUCAAUGUCUCCGAACAUGACUAUGGCAACUACACGUGCGUGGCCUCCAACAAGCUGGGCCACACCAAUGCCAGCAUCACACUCUUUGGCCCUGGUGCUGUCAGUGAGGUGAACAAUGGCACAUCAAGAAGGGCUGGCUGUGCCUGGCUGCUGCUUCUUCUGGGGCUGCAAGUUCUUCUGAAGUUUUGACAUGAGCGUCCCUUCCCUUCACCCCCAACGCCGGGAGAAACUACAGCCACAGCGCCCACCACCCCACAGCACCGGCAACUUCGACCACAGCAGCCAGACACCCCGUUUCUAAUUCCGAUGUAACUACACAUGAUUCUGAGAAGCAGAACCUCAUGGGACAUACAUUUGAGGGAGGGGAGCAAUACAGACUUGACAGGGUGGGGAGAUUUCAAAAGGGAAAUUUAAAAUUAGCUUCCAAGCUCGACCAAUUUUUCAGGGUCAAUGCGCAGGUUCUCUUUGCUUUUCCCAAAUGGGAGGAGCAGAUACCAGCUGUUGGCACUCAGUCACCAGUUGCCUGGUGCAAGCUUUUGGUUGCCAGAGUGGGCCAGGGCUCCACCACACUGCCUACUCGAGAACCCCAAUCAUGGAAAAUUCUGGCCCUCCCCAAUUUGAUCAGUGAUGGAUCCAGCAUGCUCAGCAGACCUGAAUUACCUUGGAUAGGCCUUGGAGACACACCACAGAAUUUCAACCCAGACACAAAGCCAACAUGCCAGCUCAACACACCCACCUACUGUCCCAUCACUGACCAUCCGGUGAACAUUCCUUGGCCCCCUCUCCAUUUUACUACUCCAAGGACAUUAUGGAUAAUAAGGGAUUCUGAGUCUUUAUUAAUUUUAUUAAUUAUAUUUUCUGAGAUGAGUCUAGCGUGCUUUGUGCAAAAACCAUACACAGCCAAGAUGUGCCGACAGGAAGGGGGUGAAGUGUGUUUGUGCGACGUUAGAAAGGAGUCGUGUGUUUCUUUCUGAGGUUUACAACCGGUGGCCCACACACUGGGCAUUCGCCAUACCGUGAGCCACAUGGCAAAGCUACCACAAAACAAGACAGAACAAAAACCCACAUCCGGUUGAACCGACAGCUCCACCAGCACUACUGAUUUCUCCUUAUUUUGGCAUCUAACUUAGACACUGCUAUGCUUCUAAAUGCUGUUUGGAAGUGGAAGGGCGAACCGCACUGUUUUCUUGAGUUGGUUAGCAAGGCUUGUGUUGAUGACAUAUAUUCUACAGUAUAUAUAUAAAUACACACACAUCUAUUUUUUUUUUUG